AGGAAGCAAGAAGACUUGCAAAGACUAAUAUCCCUCUUGCGUUUCAUUCUUAAUUCUCUCUCUUUUCUUCCUCACACACGUCUUUCUACUUCUAUACAUUAUCCAUUCUUCUUGUUGGUUACUGUUCCAUGAUCACAACCUAGCCACUUCCCUCCCAGCUUCCUUUUUUUCUCUCUAGAUUUUUAAGAAAAACUGUUGUAGCUGCUUAAUUCACGACUGGAAAGUGAUCAACUCUUGUUGCCAUUUUAGUUUUCCUAUUCUUGCUUACAACAGUCAGUGCAAAUCUUCCCGCCUUUUUUAGGUGUCUAUGCAACUGGGCAGGCUGGAAGUUACCAACACAACAAUCUUUGCUUCUUCUGUGCCUGAUUUCUGAGACUCUCAGAAGAAAACUUGUGAGAAUGGUAAGAGCAUUUUUGGAAAAGAACUUUUGAGGCUAGUGGCUACGUGUGUUUGGGAUUGUAGUACCGACUCCUGUGAUGUGACAUUUACAUAAGGGUAUCAUGAUACAGAUGAACUAGAAUCACUAUCAACGCACCUUUUUCUUUAUCUGUCUACUUUAAUUUAUCACUGCAAAUUCUUUUAGAAGUAAUUCCAUUCAAGAACUGGGAAUCCAUUCUUUUGAAUGGAACUUUUGUCAUGGGUCUUAGAAAAAAAAUAUGUAUAGACCAUCUUUUACUGUUUGUGUUAUAGUAAGCUAUCUACUGCACAUGAGAACUCUUUUCACUGUGUUGAUAAUUGAAACACAAGAAGACUAGAAAGCUAAUACAAAAAUUUUGUACUAGGUUUUUUGUUCUUGCUAUAUAGUGUUACGAAAAAUGGUGUGAUCUUUCACUAGGAAUUGAGUGUGAGCAGAAGAAGGAAAAUGAUGUAUGGGACAAUUUUUUAGAAAGAAGGCAUUCUCUCAAAUAGCAUUAGUUGCUGGGUCUAGUAGCUUCAGGCUGCAAGGAGUUGCUCUCUGGACUUGAAGCUCUGAAGUUAGGUGUUUUGGAGGACACGUUAGAGCAGAAAUUUAAGUACCCUUGGGUCUCUUUGAUGGAAUUAUCAAGAUCUGGUUCUUCGAAAAGGGCUAAAACACCUGGCAAUGGGACCCAAGUCCCUUCUUGCUUGGUUGAUGAGUGCACAGCAGACCUUAGUAAAUGCAGGGACUAUCAUCGCCGCCAUAAAGUAUGUGAGCUCCAUUCUAAGACCCCAAAAGUUACAAUUCAGGGUCAAGAACAACGAUUUUGCCAGCAAUGCAGCAGGUUUCAUUCAUUGGGGGAGUUUGAUGAGGGAAAGAGAAGCUGCAGGAAACGGCUUGACGGACAUAACCGGCGCCGUAGGAAGCCUCAACCAGAAACUCUUUCCAUAAAUCCUGGGAGGUUUCUUUCCAAUCACCAAGGUACUAGAUUUAUACCAUUCGGUAGCCCUGAAGUAUUUUCAACUAAUUCAGUAAUGCCUGCUUGGGCUGGAGUUGUCAAAGGCAGGGCUGAAGUGAUGCUUCACAACCCACACUCUCAGUUAGACUUGAGCAAUAGGAACUUGUUUCAUGAAUCGUCAUCUCACAACUACAAAGUGGGGAAGCAGUUCCCCUUCUUGGAAGGAAUCAAUUCUACACUCCCAGGAGUUUCCGUCUGUCAACCACUUCUAAGUGCCAAUUCCUCCUCUAUGAGUAACGGUGUCAGCAGCCAGAAAAUGUUCUCCAAUAAUUUAAACAGAGUAAUCAAUUCUGGCUGUGCUCUCUCUCUUCUGUCAUCACCACCAGCUGAGACACGGGAGAUUGGUUUGAGCCAUAUGAUGCAGCCUGACUCAAUCCCUCCUCCUCAGUCCUUGAUCCCAAGCUUGAGUUACAGUAGUCAAGGAAUGAAUGGCGAGCCUCUAAGAUCUGCAUUGGUCUCGGACAGCAGUAGUAAUGCCAACCAUCAUAACCAGGAUAUUUUUCAGAUUGGUCCUGAUGGAUCAUCUCCAAGUAGAACUCACCAGACUCUCUCCUUCUCCUGGGAGUAGUAUGUGCCAUCUACAGCUUUCUUUGUGACCCAUUAUCAACAAAAUACUAAUAAUGAUAAUAAAAUGUGGUCGCAACUCGCAAGCUGUUAGAUUUCUAAGAUAUUACUUCAUGUAUUUGCUCUUAUUUGAAUACUUGUAGCCUCGUAAGUAGAGGGAUAUUGUAUUCUUUUACAUGUUAAACAGCUACUGCAUAUGCAUAUGUAUUAUUCUCUCCUGUUUAUUUGAAGCCCCAAAAUAGUAGGGUU